AUGACCUAGACCAUCAGGCAAAAGUACUAUACACCACAAGGGCCUUGCCUACAUAAUAUAUGUGAACAAAGCAUCAUGGGACAUUAGAGUUGAGAACAUCUGGAGUACUUGUAGAAUAAAGUUUCAAGACGACUCUCACUCCGACUGAUCUAUCUGCUUGAAUCGAGCGUCUAUGAUAGCCAUCCAUAGACAAGAACGCACAACAUGGUGGCAGCGGUAAACCAUUGUUAAGAGGGAGAGGAAGAGAGAAGACUGUGCCAGGGCAUUCCUCGGAAAAACAGACCCAGGAUGGCAGCAGCAAACGGACACCUCCACCCCUCCAUGAACUGGGAUGCCGAUGACCUAGUAGAAGAGUACAAGAAAUUCAAGCAGAAAACAGAACUGGCCUUCAAGAGCUUCCUGAAAGACACAGAACCAGAGCAACAGGUGAGCUACAUUCUGUUGUGGGUUGGAUCCCAAGGUCUCGACUUAUUUAACAGCUGGGAAUUCACGGGAGAAGACGCGGGAGACGCUAAGAAGCCAGACAAAAUCCUAGAGAAGUUUGAAACACAUUUGGAGCCCAAAACAAACCAUAGGAUCUAUCGGUAUGAAUUCCAGGGCAUACAACAGAAGCCCGACGAGCCCAUUGAUGACUACAUAGCAAGAUUGAAAAACGUAGCAAAGAAAUGCAAGUUCAAAGACGAUGCAGAAAUAAAGGACAGAUUAGUUGACCAACUGAUCUGGGGCUGCAUACAUAAGAAAGUACAGAAAACCCUCGUGGGGAAACCUGACCUGACACUGAAGGACGCCAUGGACACAGCCAGGGCCUUUGAAGCGACCCAGAAACAGAUGUCCUCUCUAUCCAUGCAGACAGGCACGUCUAGCAGUAAUAGGGUAGAUGUAGUCUCAAAGAAGACAUACCAGGCAGGGUCCAAACAGAAGCAACCCCACAUGUACAAGACGUACAAACAGAGUACAAAGAGCUGUAGAUAUUGUGGUAACACACACGAGUUUGGUGACAGGGCCAAAUGCCCAGCAUAUGGAUCUAAUUGCAAUGCAUGCGGCAAGCCAAACCACUGGGGGAAAAUGUGCCGAGCAAAAAACAGACCUCAGCCUACCCAGAAUAAGCCACAACAACCCAGAAGAUAUGGGAAGCAUAAGCAAAGGCAUGUCCACCUCCAAAGAGAGGAUCAGCUCAGCUCAGAGUCAGAAGGAGAAUCCCUGACAAUUGGUACAAGCUCAGAGAGAAGCUAA